GAGUUUUUGUUAUAGAGAGGUCUUGUACCAGCCCUGAUAUACUCACUGCAAAGUUCUUUUCCAGUCUUUGCUUAGUAGCAGCGGACUUAAGUGAACAUCUCAUGUGGCAUUUAAAUGAAUGUGUAAAUAUGUGCUGUGCAUUUUUCCUUUCGGUAACAAAAUAAAUGCGAGGAAAAAGUGCAGUUGUGAAAGCUUCAGAUCAUAGUGAUGUGGAUGUUUGCACCAGAUCUGCAGUUCAGCUCCCCAGUCACGUCACACACACAAUUAUACAGAUUGCUUUAAAUCAAGCAGCUUUACAGUAUUAAACAUGGAAAAAACAGAGAUAGUGUCACUUUAAAUAGAAUUACAACUUCAAUUCCUACUAAGAAGCAGCCCUCAUUAAAGAAGGUGGAGCCUCAGAAUGGAACAUGUAAAUGUUUUUCAUAUUAAUUUUUUUCUAUUCAUCAAUAAAAUAAAAAUUAAUCACAGAUAAUAAAAAGGUAAAAACAACGUAAGGUUUGGGGGAAAGAAAAAAAACGAUGGUUAUUCUGAAGAGGAACUAAAAUGAAAGUGCACAGUAAUUAAUAUAAUAUUAUUAGAGAUGCACCGAUACCACUUUUUCCAGAACUAUUCUGAUACUGAUACUUUGAUAUUUGGUACUCAUCGAUACGAUACCUGUAUUAUCAUUGCAUUUGUAAUUUUUAAAUAUAUUAGAUGGAGAAACCAAAAUAAUAUGAAUCCUAUUCAUUGGUUUAAUUUGUUUAGCAAAUAUGCAUUUCCUUCAGUUAUUUUCAUGCUUAAUUAUGCCUUAUAAAUGUAUUGUACAAGCUUCUGUUACUUUCUGUUCUGUUCAUUUUCUCUUUCAUUUAAAGGGUUAGUUCACCCAAAAAUGAAAAUAAUGUCAUUUAUUACUCACACUCAUGUAGUUCUACACUUGUAAGACCUUCUUCAUCAACACAAUUUAAGAUAUUUUUUGAUAAAAUCCGAUUGCUCAGUGAGGCCUCCAUAGACAGCAAGUUAAUUUACACUUUCAAACGCCCAGAGAGGUACUAAAACAUAUUUCAAACAGUUCAUGUGAGUAUAGUGGUUCUACCUUGAUAUUAUAAAGCGACGAGAAUACUUUUUGUUUUGGUACCUUUCUGGGUAUUUGAAAGUGUCGAUGAUCUUGCUAUCUAUGGAGGCCCCACUGAGUCAUCGGAUUUCAUUAAAAAUAUCUUAAUUUGUGUUCCGAAGAUGAACGAAGGUCUUACGGGUGUGGAUGACAUAAGGGUGAGUAAUGACAUUGUUUUCAUGUUUAGGUGAACUAACCCUUUAACUCUUUUCCUGCCUUUGACAGAAAUUUUUUAUUGUUUAUGAGAAAACGCUUCCCCGCCAUUGAUGGAAAGUUUUGGCUUUCUGUGUUUUCACUGUUAUACGCUAGGGGGUACUAUUGCGCAUCUUCUGAAAGAGUACUGAAUCUCCUGAUCAAAACACAGGUGAAGAAGCAGAAACAAGCGAUAACCUAUGUAAGCAUACGCAUAUGUAAAAUACAUGAUCAUCAAGAUUAAACGGCAUAUAAAUCAAAACUGCCUAAUGUUACUGAAUGAAAUGUCGACCCAGGAUGAGCUAUAGGACUGUGAAACUUUGGGGGUCUUGAUGGACCUGCAUUAUUUAGAAACUUAACACCAUUCUCUCUCAAUAAGUGGAGUAACAAUUGAAGAAACCAAGCUAUGACUUUAAUCUAGUGAAUCAUAAACUUUUUUUUGCUGUAUGAAGGAAUAACUGCUCAUAUAAAAGAACAUUAUUAGUAAGAUCAAAGACUAAUCAUAUGUUCAUUUCUAUCCAAUCCUUUGUUACUCUUCAGUAUGUACCCGUUAUUGUGGGGAGUAAAAUUAUGUUUGUAAAUCAAUGUCCAACCUUAAUUAAUGGAAAUCUUAGAGCUUAAUAGGGAACUUGUUUAUAUUAUAGUCACAUUUUUUUUUUUUAAGAUAAUCAAAGGAAACGUAAGCUAAAGUUAAUUAACAAUUUAGAAUAAAUUAUUUUAACCAUUUUAAUUUAAGUACUCCAUUCAGAAUUUAAUUAUAUUAAAUACCAAAUACAUUACCAAAUUUAAUUUUAUUGCCCCGAUAUUCUGUGGAGAAAUUGAGAUGGAAUAAAUACAUAUUUCUAUUAGUUAGAUCUCUCUGCAAUUACACAUUUAAUUUUGAUCUACAAAUUCUUUUAAUGAGUUUAAAAUAUUUUAAAGUUCUUUACAAUCCUUUGUAAUAUGAAGACCAAGAAUUUUGACUUUAUCCUUGACUGAGAAUAUCAGUGCUUUGUAGAUUAUUGAACUGAGAGCAGUUCACACUUGCUUACAUUUAGAUAUAAGCCAGAAGCUCUUGAAAAACGGUAUGGUAUCGAUAACUUUUGGAAUCUCUGAUUCAUCCCAUAAAUCAACAAUAUGAAUGUUUUUCUGUUUGAAGAUUUCUAUUAGUUUUAGCGUUCGUCCGGGACUUUUAUUUUGGUGUGGCUGUGUGACGUCAAAAAACUGCGUCGCGCUGCUGCUGCAUCUGAUGUGAUUCGACUGAAGAAAGGACAAACACACAGAAAAACUCCUGAUGAAGCGACUGAGAUCCACAUGACACACUAUUAUAAAGAUGACAUUUAAUAAAGAGAAAAAUGAAGACAUGAAGAUUGAAGAAACAUUCAGUGUGAAACAAGAAGAAAUUGAGACACAAACAGACCUGAUGGCGCUGGAAGAGGACAGUCAAGAUCUGAAUGACAUGAAAGAGAAAGAUCUGAAUGAGAAACAACAUGAUUUCAUAACUGAAGAAAAAUCUUUUAGUUGCUCACAGACUGAAAAGACUUCCUCACAAAAAAGAGAGACUAGAAGUCAUUUCAUCUGUAAACAGUGUGGUAAGAGUUUCAACCGAAAAGGAAACCUUAAAGUCCACAUGAACGUUCACACUGGAGAGAGCCGUUAUGCCUGCCAACAGUGUGGAAUAAGUUUCACUCGAAAAGGAAACUUGAAAAGGCACAUGGGAAUUCACACUAGAGAGAAGUCUUACACCUGUCAACAGUGUGGGAAAGUUUUUAACCUAAAAAGAAGUCUUAACUGCCACAUGAGCGUUCAUACUGGAGAGAAGCAUUUCACCUGCCCUCAGUGUGGAAAAAGUUUCAACCGAAAAGGAAGACUUAAUUACCACAUGAAAAUUCACACUGAAGAGAAGCCUUUCACCUGCCCUCAGUGUGGAAAAAGUUUCAAACUAAAAGGACACCUUCAAGUCCACAUGAGAAUUCACACAGGAGAGCUCCCUUUCUCAUGCCAACAAUGUGGGAAAAGUUUCAAACUAAAAGCACACCUUAAAGACCAUAUGAGAAUUCACACAGGAGAGAAACCCUACACGUGCCCUCAGUGUGGAAAGAGUUUCAGUCGCAAAGGACCCUUUAAAGACCACAUAAGAAUUCACACUGGAGAGAAACCUUUCACCUGCCAACAAUGUGGGAAAAGUUUCAAGCAAAAAGCAAUCCUUAACACACACAUGAGAAUUCACACUGGAGAGAAGCCUUACACCUGCCCUCAGUGUGGAAGGAGUUUCAAACUAAAAGGACACCUUAAAGACCACAUGAGAAUUCACACAGGAGAGAAACCCUACACGUGCCCUCAGUGUGGAAAGAGUUUCAGUCGCAAAGGUCCGUUUAAAGACCACAUGAGAAUUCACACUGGAGAGCUCCCUUUCUGCUGCCAACAAUGUGGAAAAUGUUUCAACCAAUCAGGAACCCUUAACAUGCACAUGAGAAUUCACACUGGAGAGAAGCCUUACACCUGCCCUCAGUGUGGAAGGAGUUUCAGACUAAAAGGCCACCUUAAAGGCCACAUGAGAACUCACACAAAAAGUUUAAACCAAUCAGGAACCCUUAACAUGCACAUGAGAAUUCACACUGGGGAGAAUCCGUUCAUAUGUGAUCUAUGUGGAAAGAGUUUUAAAUAUAAAGGAACCUUAAAGUACCACGUGAGCCUUCACUCAAGGUUCACAUAAGAGUUUUUGUUAUAGAGAGGUCUUGUACCAGCCCUGAUAUACUCACUGCAAAGUUCUUUUCCAGUCUUUGCUUUGUGCCAGCGGACUUAAGUGAAUAUCUCUUGUGGCAUUUAAAUGAAUGUGUAAAUAUGUGCUGUGCAUUUUCCUUUCAGUAACAAAAUAAAUGCGAGGAAAAAGUGCAGUUGUGAAAGCUUCA